AUGUCGGACGUGGAGGAGACGGUGGACGAGUACGAGGAGGAGCAGGAAGAGCAGGAGGAGGCAGUGGAAGAAGAGGCUGGAGGCGAGGCUGAGGCUGAGGAGGCCAACGCCGAAGAAGCUGGGCAGGAAGAGGAUGGGAGAGAGGCUGAAGAUGGCCCGAUGGAGGAGUCCAAACCCAAGCCCAGGCUGUUUAUGCCCAACCUGGUGCCACCCAAGAUCCCCGAUGGAGAGAGAGUGGACUUCGAUGACAUCCACCGGAAGCGCAUGGAGGACCUGAACGAGCUGCAGACGCUGAUCGAGGCGCAUUUCGAGAACCGCAAGAAGGAGGAGGAGCUGGUCUCUCUCAAAGACAGGAUCGAGAAGCGCCGGGCGGAGCGGGCGGAGCAGCAGCGCAUCCGGACAGAGCGGGAGAAGGAGCGGCAGACCCGCCUGGCUGAGGAGAGGGCCCGCCGGGAGGAGGAGGAGAACCGGAGGAAGGCUGAGGACGAGGCCCGGAAGAAGAAGGCUCUGUCCAACAUGAUGCAUUUUGGAGGCUACAUCCAGAAGGCUCAGACGGAGCGUAAGAGUGGAAAGAGGCAGACGGAGCGGGAGAAGAAGAAGAAGAUUCUGGCCGAGAGGAGGAAGGUGCUGGCCAUCGACCACCUGAACGAAGACCAGCUCAGGGAGAAGGCCAAGGAGCUGUGGCAAAGCAUCUACAACCUGGAGGCGGAGAAGUUUGACCUGCAGGAGAAGUUCAAGCAGCAGAAAUACGAGAUCAACGUUCUCCGAAACAGGAUCAAUGAUAACCAGAAAGUCUCCAAGACCCGCGGAAAGGCCAAAGUCACUGGACGUUGGAAGUAG